CCCGUCAGUCUCCAGGAAGCCAAACUGCUGCUGAAGGAGGACGACGAGCUGAUCAAGGAGGUGUUUGACUACUGGAGCCGCAAAAGGAAAACAUGCAAGAGUGGCUCCCUCAUCCCAAGCGUCAAACAGGAGAAGAGGGAUGGCUCCAGCACCAGCGACCCUUACGUGGCCUUCCGCCGUCGAACAGAGAAAAUGCAAACCAGGAAGAAUCGAAAGAACGACGAGGCGUCGUAUGAGAAGAUGCUGAAGCUGCGCAGGGACUUGAGUCGAGCUGUUACCAUCUUAGAGAUGAUCAAAAAGAGGGAAAAGGUCAAGAGGGAACUGCUGCACCUCACUCUGGAAGUCGUAGAGAAGAGGAAUGUAAUGCCAGACUUUGGCAGUGAGGUGAUGGCAGAAGCCCUGGCCCAGCGGGCCCUGGUGAAGCCUGUUUACACCAUCCCCAUCAUUCCCCUGUCCAACAGUAACCAGUACCGACACCAGGACCACAUGGACAUGAAGGACUACAAGAAACCUGAAAAGGUGGAGGCAGUACGAACCAAAAGGAAAUAUGAAAAGAAACCCAAAAUCUCCCCCCUGUCAGCGCCUCAACAUUCAGGACCCUCUGUGUUCAAUCCUAAGGACCUCAACCAGUAUGAUUUUCCCAGCUCUGAUGAAGAGCCAUUCUCACAGAUCCAUUCAUGUUCCUCAGAGGCAGAAGAGGAGAAUGACCCAGAUGGCUGCUAUGCAUUCAGGAGAAAGGCUGGUUGUCAAUAUUACGCUCCUCGUCCAGACAAGAGUGGCAGCUGGCCGUGGGCGAGCCCGUCAGAGGGUGGGCUCGGAGACCCACACUACCGCUACUGCCCGACCUCAAUCAACACGCCGCCGUGCUGCAUAGGCCUGGCUCGACGUCGUCUGGGCAGGGGGGGCAGGAUCUUGUUGGACAGAGCGCACAUGGCUGAAGACCUGACCCAGAGCCUGGACUCUGACCCAGAACUGCACGCCUCACCACUUCUAAGCUCUUCGCUCCACAACGCCAGUACCUCAGAAAACAAUACCUCGGACUCUACCAGCGCCGCUAACUUUUCCUCAUCUUCAUCACCCCUGUCAUCUUCUACAGCAGUGGACCUCAGUCACAUUUUUUUGAACAUUAAAUCAUGCCGCUGGAGGCAUUUCAGACCGCGAACACUAUCCCAUCACUUUUUAGGUGAAGGGGACUUGUCUCGUAGAGGAUUUAGGGAUUUUAACCAGACUGUGUUGGGACUAACUCGGAUCCUGUCUGCUGGAACCAAUUCCCAGAACCGAGCGGGCCCUGCCACCACUCCUCUCAAUGUAAGCCAGGGUCAGAGCGCCAGGGUCGGAGCGCCAGGGUCAGGGCGCCAGGGUCGGAGCGCCAGGGUCGGAGCGCCAGGGUCGGAGCGCCAGGGUCAGGGCACCAGGGUCGGAGCGCCAGGGUCGGAGCGCCAGGGUCGGAGCGCCAGGGUCGGAGCGCCAGGGUCAGGGCGCCAGGGUCGGAGCGCCAGGGUCGGAGCGCCAGGGUCGGAGCGCCAGGGUCGGGGCACCAGGGUCGGGGCGCCAGGGUCGGAGCGCCAGGGUCGGAGCGCCAGGGUCGGAGCGCCAGGGUCGGAGCGCCAGGGUCGGAGCGCCAGGGUCGGGGCGCCAGGGUCAGGGCGUCAGGGUCCCCGCCUUCGGCCACUGCUCAUGGCAUCAUGUGCCUGA